UUUGGGUGUUUUCGCAACUGAUCACAACCGUCGAUCUUAUAUACUAAAGGAAGUUCUUCGAUGUACUCUCCCUAGAUUGUUCUCUAACUUUCGCCGGCGGCGAGGAUGCUACAGCAUCAGAUCGGUCAAUCUCCGGCGAGACUAGGGCUGACAGGCCCUGGCUCUCCUUCCGUGCAAAAUCUAACGCCUUCUCGUCAUGGCCAUCCAACCUCCUCCUCAUCCUCCCAAUCUCACCACCAACAACAACAGAUCCAACAACCACCUCCUAACCUACCACCUUCCUCCUCCGUAGCCGCAGCCUCAUCCUCUUCCUCGGCGCCUGUUUCCUCCUCCGCUUUGCUAUCACUCCUUCCGCCGCUCCCCCGAGCGCAGGCUCUUCUCCAGCAGAUGGCGGUUUUAUCAUCCAAACUCUUCGACGUCUCUCCCAAUCGCGCGCUCUGGCUCUCCGCCUUUCGCGGCUCCCUCCCUUCGUUCCUCACCUCGUCGCACUCGCUCCCGCCGCCUCCGCCGCUUGAAAUCCCUAAUCCUUCGUCAACCAAGGAGAUCCUCUCUCAGUUCAAUUCCCUCCAGACGCAGCUCUUCGAAGCCGUCACGGAGCUUCAGGAGAUCCUCGAUCUCCAGGACGCGAAGCAGAAGCUCGCGCGUGAGAUCAAAUCAAAAGAUUCGUCUCUCCUCGCCUUCGCCAACAAGCUCAAGGAAGCUGAACGUGUUCUCGAUAUGCUCGUCGACGAUUACUCCGAUUACCGCAAGCCAAAACGAACCAAAACUGAAGACGAAGAGAAUGACAAUGAGUCUUCCACAACAGUUUCUUCUCAGCUCAAGCUUAAGGACAUCUUAGCCUACGCUCACAAGAUUAGCUACACAACAUUCGCUCCUCCUGAGUUCGGCGCAGGGCAAGCGCCUCUCCGUGGCGCAUUGCCACCAGCUCCACAAGACGAGCAAAUGAGAGCUUCUCAGCUCUACGCCUUCGCUGAUCUCGACAUCGGUCUACCGAAAACCGUGGAGAACAUUGAGAAGAAGGUAGAAGCUCUCAUGGAGCCGCCACCACCUCCUCCAGAUCUGUCUGCGAUUCAGGGCCUGCUUCCACCGAACAUCGCAGUUCCCUCGGGAUGGAAACCGGGAAUGCCGGUGGAACUGCCGAAAGAUUGGCGUUUGCCGGCUCCGCCUCCUGGAUGGAAACCAGGAGACCCUGUCGUGUUACCGCCUGAGUUGGUUCCCGCGCCUAGAGCACAGGAGCAGCAACAAGUGCGGCCUCCUCAGGGACUUCACAGGCCGCCUGAUGUCAUACAUGUCCGAGAAGUUCAGCUUGACAUUAUGGAGGAUGAUAGCAGUGAAUACAGCAGCGAGGAGAGUUCAGACGACGAGGAAUAAUCAAACACUAUGAUUCUCGAUAUAAAGGUAAUGGUUAUCCUAUGUUACUGAUAGUUCUUUGAUUAAAGUUUGCGCGACUAAUGUAAAAUGUUCUACUUGCUAAGUCUCUAGAGGCUUUUCGCACCAAAACAUGGAUUCCAAUUCUGUUUACAAAAGAGUUGUUGCAUCUUGUUCUAGAGUCAGCCAAGUCUUUGGCGUGUUUCUAAUAGAUCUUGUUUCAAAAUA